AAACAGCAGCUGGUUUCAGAGCGAGUUCAACGUUCACCGGGAGACCGACAGGUAAACACACACACCCGGUACAAACACCUCCGGUACAAACACCUCCGGUACCGGCCCGGACACAACACCACCGGACCGGUGAGUCCCGGACUGCUCUCAGCAGGAAGCGGUCAUCCUGCUGAGAGGUGGUGACCUCAUCGUUAGGACGGCGAGGAGGACGGCGAGGAGGAGGACAAGAUGGCGGCGGAGCUGUUCUCCACCAGCCUCCCUCACAGCAGCGAGGCCGAGAAGAAGACUUUCAUCCAGAGCAACAAAGAGCUGCAGCCGCCACCGCACAACACCAACGAAGAAGACUUCCUGCCGCAGAACGCCAACAACGACAGAGAGGACGGAGACGGCCGGCAGGACGCCACAGCCACGCUGAGGGAGAGGAACGCGCUGAUGUUCAACAACGAGCAGAUGGCCGACGUCCACUUCAUCGUCGGACCGCCAGGAGACACGCAGAGAGUCCCCGCCCACAAGUACGUCCUGGCGGUGGGCAGCUCGGUGUUCGGAGCCAUGUUCUACGGAGAUCUGGCCGAGGGCCAAUCAGAGAUCCACAUCCCCGACGUGGAGCCGGCCGCUUUCCUCAUCCUUUUAAAGUACAUGUACAGUGAUGAGAUCGAGUUGGAGGCCGACACGGUGCUCGCCACGCUCUACGCUGCGAAGAAGUACAUCGUUCCGGCGCUGGCGAAGGCCUGCGUCACUUUCCUGGAGACGAGUCUGGAGGCGAAGAACGCCUGCGUGCUGCUGUCCCAGAGCCGGUUGUUCGAGGAGCCGGAGCUGACGCAGCGCUGCUGGGAGGUGAUCGACGCUCAGGCCGAGCUCGCUCUGCGCGCCGACAGCUUCUGCGAGAUCGACCGGCCCACGCUGGAGAUCAUCCUCCAAAGAGAAACACUCAACGUCCGCGAGGUCGUCAUCUUCCAAGCAGCGCUGAGCUGGGCAGCGGCAGAGUGUCGACGUCAAGGCCUUGCGGUGAACGCCAGGAACCGGCGUGCGGUGCUGGGUAAGGCCCUGUACCUGGUCCGGAUCCCCUCCAUGACGCUUCAGGAGUUUGCGGACGGGGCGGCGCAGUCGGAUAUCUUGACGCUGAAAGAGACUCAUGAUGUUUUCCUGUGGUUCACUGCCUCCAGAAAACCCAGACUGGAGUUCCCUGUGGUGAAGCGGGCGGGACUGGCGCCGCAGAGGUGCCACCGCUUCCAGUCCUCCGCCUACCGCAGCAACCAGUGGCGCUACAGGGGCCGCUGCGACAGCAUCCAGUUCGCAGUGGACCGGCGGAUCUUCAUGGCUGGACUUGGUCUGUACGGGUCCAGCGGCGGAAAGGCAGAGUACAGCGUGAAGAUCGAACUGAAGAGGCAGGGAACCGUUCUGGCCCAGAACCUCACCAAGUUCCUGUCAGACGGAUCGAGCAGCACCUUCUCCGUGUGGUUGGAACAUCCGGUCCAAGUGGAGCACGACACCUUCUACACGGUCAGCGCCGUGCUGGACGGAAACGAGCUGAGUUACUUCGGUCAGGAGGGGAUGACCGAGGUGCAGUGUGGGAAAGUGACCUUCCAGUUUCAGUGUUCAUCGGACAGUACCAACGGCACCGGAGUGCAGGGGGGGCAGAUCCCAGAACUGGUCUUCUACUGCUGAACCAGAACCUGACGAACUCGAGGCCUUUAAUCAGUCAGCCAGACAGACGGAGCGACAGGCUGUAAAGACUUGGACUGAUUGGACCGUCCAGGUGGGACUGGAAGCUGAUUGGACUGUCCAGGUGGGACUGGAAGCUGAUUGGACCGUCCAGGUGGGACUGGAAGCUGAUUGGUUUAUGCCUGAUCAUUAAAGUUGACUGAAACUGAAAUGUGUUGCUGUUUCUUUCAGGUGAAGUCCUGCAGCUCGGAGGGGUUUACAUCCAAUAAUUUACUGACUUGAUACAAUAUUUUUUGUUUAUAUUUCAUAUUUAAAAUCAAUUUUUAGAAAAAACUGUUUGAAACUUAAAUUUCUCUACAUGUUCUGUUUAAUUUCUCUUCAGACAUCAGAGACGUUCGAGUUCUGACGGUUAUUGUUAAUCAGAUAUUUAUUUUAUUCAUUUAUUUUAUUUAUUAACAGUCAGAAGAAGAGCUUCAUGUUUUAAUGUCACAAACCAAGGUUAUUAUAGUUAACGAAAACUAACAAAAUAACGAAAACUAGAAUUGAAAAAACAUUUUCAUCAACUGAAAUAAAAAUAAAAACGAAACUGUAUUUUGUGGUUCCAAAACUAACUAAAAUUAUAGUGAAAAUGUCCUUCGUUUUGGUCUUUGUCAACUUUUUUCAUCCGUAAACCUUUUUGGUUGAUAUGAAAUCUAUUUCAUCUAUCUGGUUUUAUGACUUAAUAAACUUAUUGGGGCUGAGAUGGAUCAGACAAAGGAAAUAAAGGAAACAUUUAUUGUGACCUUAUUGAAUCUGGACCCAACAAAUACCCCAUUACACAACAACUACAACUAAUAAAAACUCAACUACAACUAAUAAAAACUCAACUACAACUAAUAAAAACUAAACUAAAACUAAUAAAAACUAAACUACAACUAAUAAAAACUAAACUACAACUAAUAAAAACUAAACUAAAACUAAUAAAAACUAAACUACAACUAAUAAAAACUACACUAAAACUAAUUAAAACUAAAGUAAAACUAAUAAUAAUAAUAAUAAUACAUUUUAUUUGGAGGCGCCUUUCUUGGCGCUCAAGGACACCGUACAAAAGGAUAGAAAAGAAACAGCAGUAAAAUACAAUAUAAACUACACAGAAUGAAUAACAAUACAAUACAAUAGACAUAUAAAACUAAGCAUUUUCCAAAAAAUAAAAACGAAUUAAAACUAGCAAACUCACUCUGAAAACUCAUUAAACCUAACUGAAUUUGAAAGCUACAAAUCACAACGAAAUUAAAACUAAAACUAAUGAAAAAGACAAAACUAUUGUAACCUUGUCACGAACAAUGAAAGACGUUAAAGUUUUCUCAGUGUGAACACGAGGAGAAUAAAGUGAACG